GUUACGCAAAAAAAAAAAGAGAAGUUCUUUAGCCUGAUAUCUUCUAUAUGAUAUAGUGACAAUGUAAAUCCAACAGGACAAAACUGGACUUAUCAACAAAAUAAACCGGGGUUUGUUCUCACCACUUCCGAUUAUAUACUCCUCCACCUUGAAACAGAUAAUAAAAACCAUGCUAACGAAAACUCCAGAACACCGACCUACAGCUGCCGAGCUGUUGAGACAUCAACAUUUGCAACUAUACCUCCUCUUGUGUCACAACCCUUCAUCUGCAUUUCUUCCUGUGAAGUCCCCGAGCAGAACGAAAGAGAAAACACGACCAUCACCUGGAAAAUCUAUCAGUCCGAGAGGUAGCAGAGACAGACAGUUGAAGCUAAAAGAGAAGAGAACUGUCCUUUACUUUGACGAAAGUGAUAACAUUCAGCCAAGAAACUUAUCUGACAAUUAUAACACGUUCCGAGCCAAACUUGACACUAAGAGAGUCGAUCCAACAAGCUACUCGGUUAGGAUCUCUCAAGAUAGUAAGGAUUCUAAAAGUGGGGAGAUGAGUGAGGCAGCUGUUUGCAAUGGAUAUGAUCAACAGGAGACUAUCUCACAAACAUAAACUACGAUCACUCUA